GGACUCUUAACAGCCUUCAGAUCUGAACCCAUCUUUCUCUUAUGUUUGUCAUCAACACAACCAUGGAAAUUACAUGGCUAAGCACAUCUCUAUGUCUUCUCUUUCUCUUGUUUGCUUUCAAUAUCUUCCUCCAAAGAAGAAGAAUACAUCCCCACCUCCCACCAAGCCCGCCUGCUAUUCCGAUUCUUGGUCACCUCCAUCUCCUCCUUAAACCACCAAUUCAUCGGCAAUUACAGAAUCUUUCUAAAAAAUAUGGUCCUAUCUUCUCCCUUCGCUUCGGAUCCAGUCCUGUUGUUAUCAUAUCCUCUCCGUCCACUGUUGAAGAAUGUUUCACCAAGAACGACAUCAUUUUUGCCAACCGGCCUCGCUGGCUGGUCGGCAAGUACAUAGGCUACAACUACACCACUAUUGCUUCAGCAUCAUAUGGCGAACACUGGCGCAAUCUCCGCCGCCUCAGCGCACUGGAAAUCUUCUCCUCAAAUCGCCUCAACAUGUUUCUAGGCACUCGCAGGGAUGAAAUCAAGAUUUUACUACACCGACUGUCUCAGAAUUCAAGGGACAAUUUUGCAAGGGUAGAGUUGAGACCAAUGUUUACAGAGCUAACAUGUAAUAUUAUAAUGAGAAUGGUUACAGGAAAGAGGUACUAUGGGGAAUAUGUGGAUAGUGAGGAAGCCAAGCAUUUUCAGAAAAUAAUGAGAGGGAUUUUUGAACUGGCUGGGGCAUCAAAUCCAGGAGAUUUUUUGCCUUUACUACGGUGGGUUGAUUUUGGGGGUUAUGAGAAGAAGUUGGUGAAGCUCAAUAGAGAGAAAGACGUGAUCUUCCAAGGUCUUAUUGACGAGCAUCGAAGUCCUGACCAGGGUCUAGUGAAUAAAAACAGCAUGAUCGAUCAUCUGCUUUCACUGCAAAAAUCAGAACCAGAAUAUUACACAGACGAAAUCAUAAAAGGGCUUGCACUGAUCUUAACUUUUGCUGGUACUGACACUACUGCGACGACAAUAGAAUGGGCUAUGUCUCUUCUACUCAAUCAUCCUGAUGUUCUGAAGAAAGCUAGAGCAGAAUUGGACACUCAUGUUGGAAAAGAUCGUUUGAUGGAAGAAUCAGACUUCCCCAAAUUACAAUAUCUUCGAAGUAUCAUUUCUGAAACCUUAAGAUUGUUUCCGGCCACCCCACUCUUGAUACCACAUAUUUCUUCAGACAAUUGCCAAAUAGGAGGAUAUGAUAUACCAAGAGGCACAAUAUUAUUGGUCAAUGCUUGGGCCAUUCACAGAGACCCUAAGUCGUGGAAAGAUGCUACAAGUUUCAAGCCAGAGAGGUUCGAAAAUGGGGAAAGUGAGGCAUACAAGCUAUUGCCAUUUGGCUUCGGAAGAAGGGCUUGCCCUGGUGCUGGCCUGGCUAAUCGAGUGAUAGGUUUGACUUUGGGGUUAUUGAUUCAGUGUUAUGAGUGGGAGAGAGUUACUGAGAAGGAAGUUGACAUGGCUGAAGGGAAAGGAGUCACCAUGCCCAAAUUAGAGCCAUUGGAAGCCAUGUGUAAAGCUCGUGCUAUUAUCAGAAAUGUAUUAUAAAACAAUGAAGAGACAUCUGGUUGAUGUUAGCAUUAUUGUCAUAUAUUUGUGUCGAUACAUGUUAUCAGUGUGCUCAUCGUAUGUUUUUGUUAUGUUAUUUUAGCUAGCCUAGUCUAAAAAUAAAAGAUUAUGAUUAUGUAA